CCGUUCCCGCUGGCUCCCGGGAGUCAGGCUCCUCCGGCCGCCCGUCAGUGCCGCCCCGAGUGUGUUCGCGCGAGGAGCGUCGUCUCGCGCUCUCGCCAAGAGUGACGAGCUGUUCUCCAUCCGCACUGAUCCGGUGUUCAUGUCAGUACGAACAGGAGAAUAAAGUGAUGGCAUAUUGGUAGAUGUGCUUUAUUAUUAUUUUUUAAGGCACUAUAGAUAAAUUCGUGAGGAUGAAAGGAUUACCUAAACUCUGGUGAACGUGUAAUUUCCCCAGAGUGGUUAUGAGCCAGAAAGAAGAUGUGAUUUCCUGGUGAUUUCCUACUUUUCCUCCUUACUGUAUUUGUGCUUGAGACAGUGACGUGAAAUAGGUGCUAUGCCAUCUGACUUGAGAGAAUCAUAGAAGGCUGAAGAUGCUAUCAAAAGUGAGUGACGUGGUGGAUGCCAGAUCAAGAGGAGGAUAAAAACAGUGGAAGCAAGUUCCUUAAGGUUGUCAAGAUGCCUUCCUUGCUAGCUUGUUUUGUGUGCGGUGGGAAGGGGGAGAGUGACGAUGUGCGGGUGCUUGAUUACCGUCAUUCUGCUCUCAAUGAUGUGCCUGCAGAUGUGUUUGCUUCAGAACGCACGUUGGAGGAGCUGCUCUUGGAUUCAAAUCAGCUGACUGAGUUACCUCGUCAACUGUUCUACUGCCAUGGCUUGAGGGAGCUUGGGCUAAGUGACAACGAGUUGACAUCCCUUCCACCAGCUGUGGCAUCCCUCAUCAAUUUAACUUCCAUAGACCUCAGCAAAAAUGCCAUAUCAGAUAUCCCAGACAAUAUUAAAGGCUGCAAGCAACUUGCUGUGGUGGAUGCCAGUAUCAAUCCUCUGUGUCGUCUACCUGAGGGUUUCACACAGCUGCUUUCUCUGCAAGAACUUUAUCUAAAUGACACUUUCUUGGAAUACCUUCCUGCUAACUUUGGCCGAUUGUCCAAGUUGAAGAUUUUGGAGUUAAGGGAAAACCAGCUGAAUACGUUGCCGAAAUCCAUCGCACGUCUCACUAACUUGCAGCGCUUGGACAUUGGGCAGAAUGACUUCUCUGAAUUGCCAGAGGUGAUUGGAAGUCUUGGCAACUUGACUGAGCUCUUGUUUGACAAUAACAAAGUGAAGUCACUUCCACCCAUGAUGGGCAAAUUGAAGAAACUGCUCCAUGUUGAUGCAUCAAAGAAUAAAAUUGACUGGGUCUCUGGAGAACUGGAAAACUGUGUAGUGCUCACAGAUCUGCAUCUCUCAUCCAAUAAUCUUAAGGAACUGCCUGAGAGUCUGGGAAGUUGCAGUCAGUUGCAACUUUUGCGUCUGGAUGACAAUGCACUGACUCACCUUCCUGAGUCGCUUGGUGGUCUGGCAGCCCUUGAGGAACUGGUUGUGACCCAGAAUGACCUGGAGACUUUGCCAGCCUCAAUUGGGCUACUUCGUGCUCUGCAUACUCUCCAUGUGGAUGAUAAUCUCAUUACAGAGUUACCGCCAGAAAUUGGUUCUUGCGUUCAGUUGACAGUCCUUACCGCUGCAUCAAAUAGACUGACGAGUGUCCCUGCCGAGCUGGGUCACCUUCCAAAAUUGGCAGUUCUAAAUCUUUGUGAUAAUUUGAUUCCUCAUUUGCCUGUAUCACUUACGAAACUAAAGCUAAGGGCUUUGUGGCUCUCUGAAAAUCAGAACAAGCCACAGGUCCAGUUGCAGUCAGACACACUGCCAGAAACAGGACAGCGUGUUCUAACAUGUUUCAUGCUGCCACAGCAAGUUCGCUCUCAUCAGCCAGAAAUGGUGGUUGAGACGGACACCUUCCCAGGCCAGGGAUGGGAUGAGCAGAGGAGAGCAAAAACUCUUAUUAAGUUUGCCUUUGACGGUGACGUUGACAAACCAGGCCGCUUGACACGAGCCCCAACACCCUACCCCAAAGAACUUAAGGCACUGGCCAAGCAUGCUCGUAACUUGCACAGCUUGCAGAAGGACCCCUCACGACAAUUUGUGCUCGGCCGUUCAGAGGAUGCUGGCAGGGCGUCAUCUCCCGCACAGCCUGCUAAAGAGGACAGUGAAGUGGCUUCGGGCAGGCGGGACUCAGAUAGUGCUCUGAGGCAGCCACUGAUAGAACGCACGGCAAAGUCUGGGGCUCCUGUAGAUGAUUCAGGGGAUGCAGAGGAUGCUAGUACACCCCUGACUGUCGUAGAGCCACAGGUGGAUGAACGGCCUCAGUUGAGAGAAGCUCGGAAUGUGCGCAAGAGCUCAAACCCUGAUCCCAGUGUGUCUAUUGCACCUAAGAGCAUGAACUCUAAUGGUACAAGUGCUGGCGGGACUGACCUACCCUAUACUAUUGGGGAUAGGAAAGUGUUUGGCCAUGCACAGGUCAUUGCUAUGAAAGCUCCUGGAGACACAGUAACCAAGAACACAAGCAGUCCAGCAGAGGAAAAUGGAACCCCACAGCAUCCCGUGGCUUCGUCUGAGGGGUCUGGCCCUGCAGAAGGAGACCAAGGAGGUGACACUCCGGAUAAGCGCAUCAAAAAGCCGCCACCUUACCACAUAGCUGCUGUCAUGUCAAGGCAUGCAGCAGACUUCCAAGAGGCGAGUGUUGAGGUGUCUUCAGCACAGGGAACAAAUGCACAGGGAGGGGCUGGUCUGACUGUCAAGGAUCUGCCAAGCUCACAGCAGCCAUUAACAGUGUCAUCAACUACUGCCAUUGGUGAGGAUGAAAACAAUGACACAAGUAGUUCCAGUGACAGUGGCUAUGGCAAUGGGAAAUCAUCAAGUCAACAAACUGCCGAAGAACAGCAGUGCAGUGAUUCCUGUUCAAACUCACCAUCCUCACCACAGAAUCUGACAGAUUCCAGCAUCACUAUGCCCUCCACCCCCACCUCACCUUUAGGGAGUGCAGGAUCAGCUGCACCAUCCUCGAAAUCCUUCAUGGUUGCAAGUUCCACGAGGCCCCCAAGUACUCAUUUGUCGCCCAUCACCACCACAGGGUCUCUUCCGUCAGACCGCCACUCAUAUGCUGCUCCACAGCAUACCUCCUCACCACUUGUGCAAGCCUCUAUGGGACAGCAUAUAUAUUCUUCAGGCCAUUUGUCAUAUUCACAAAAAAUGCAGACUAACACUACUAUGACCAAUGCUCGCCCUGCCUCCAUUGCGGCAGGGCAGCAGCUGGAGAACCAGAAUAGUGGCUCUGUGCAGCGGCCUGGGUCUUUGGCUCUCGGCACGCUAGCAGAUUCAGCACUUCUCAACCGGCUGCCUAGAGAUCAUCGACCAGGGUCUUUGGCAGCACCCAUCAACACUGUUGGCAUCCCACCUGCUCCAACAAGGGCUGUGUCUCAUAUGGGAUUGAAUGUCUCCAGUCCAACAAGGGUACGUGAUCCCACCAUGUUCAGGAGCCAAGAUUUGUCACGAGCUGGACGCGGAUUGUCCGUAGCAGAGGAACGUUUCAGUGGAACUGCUAAUGCUCGUCAGGAGAGCAAUGGUCUUGUCUCCAUUAUUGACCAGGUAACCAGCAGUUUGCUGGAACAUGGUGAUAGUCCUCCCCCCAAGACUCCAGUGACCCCUAGUGUUCCUUCUUCCACUUUUCCUACCACUUCACCCACAACAGCAACACCUCCAUCCAAGCUGGCAGGCACCCAAGUCACUAGUGAUAGGAUACCCUUAUCAGCAUCUGACUCUACUACAUCAGAAUCCUAUGUGACUAGUGAUACAAGUGGCAGAUCCUCCCUCUCUUAUCAACGUGGUGUGGGUUCAUCCCUGACCAGUAGUGGUGGACUCACCAACUUCACUCAAGACCAACCUCGUGGUGAGGUUUUGCAUCCAACUCCACAUCGACCUCAUGUUAUCUCCCCUUCUGGCUCCAGACAUGGAUUAGACUCUCUGCAAGACCCCAUUGUGGGUACUCCAGAUAAGAUAGCAGUGGGAGUCCCUCAACAUAUUGAGGCUGGGACUUCCCCUCCCAGAACAGCACCCAAGCCUCAGUCAAGAAUCCCAGCACUCAGUCCAGAGAGUUAUCCUAGUGUUACACCUGGUAAGGCAAAUCAUAAAACAAGCUUUGACUCUCAUGCUAGUCACAGUCCUGCUCAGAUGACAGAAUCUCGCAUACCCACUUUAGGCAACAUUGGUCGUUCUCCCAGUAACUUAACCAGUGAAAGAUCAAGUGAGAGUCAUGUCUUACCUGAGUCAAGAAUACCAACCCUUGGUGCCAUGGGAAGAAGUCCAAGCAGUCUCAAUCAUGAAAGUAAGACAGAAAGUAGAAUUCCAAUGCUUAAUAACAUGGGACAUAGUUCCUCCAACUUACUACAUGAUAAGCAGACUUCAGGAGAAUCACGAAUACCCACUCUUGGAAGCACUGGGAGAAGCCAAAGUAACCUUGGUCAUGAAGCACCAACUACGCUAGAGUCUCGUAUUCCAACAAUAGGUGCAGUGGGUAGAACAUCUAGUAACUUGACACGUGAAUCCAUUGGGUUGAAAAAGCCAACCAGCUCACAUGAAGGAGUCACAAAACCUGCAUCAAAUCUUAACACACCACAGCAGCUUAGAACAGCUGGAAUGAAUGGAUCAGGUAUUCCAAGUUUAGCCUCACAGGGGAGAAGCAGUAGCAGCUUAGGAUCAGGCAUCCCAAGUCCAAGCCCAACUUCUGCUGGGUUAAGAACUGGUAUCCCCAAGCAUGAUGCAACAGAUGGGCUAACCAAGAAGUCACUGGUGUAUGGAGGAACAAGCCAAGUGUCCUCCACAUCUCGCCUCCAGUCCCCAAGUUAUUCAAGUGGCAUUAGGCCCCCUACCUAUUCAUCGGCUAGUCCUCUGCCCAGUCCAGUCCAACACCCAUCAGGCAGUUUUACCCAGUCCCCAGGUUAUUCAUCUGGCAUCCGACCACCCUCUAUCAAUUCAGCAAUUAACACCCCAGGUAUUCCACUACCUUCUUCAGGAUCUACGAGCCACCUGAACAACCCUGGGUCAAGAGGGUCAAUCACAUCAACAGGAUCAGGCACUCGCAUUCCAUUGGUUGCAGGAAAUUCUGCAUCACGACUCCCUGCACCAAGUGCCAACAAGCACCGUGUGUCUCCAUCAGCACAAAAUGCAGAUAACAAGACCAACAAUUCAGCGUGGAUGUUUGGCCAGCACAAAAAUGCCCGUGUGUUCCCGGUAGUGAUAGAGAAAAAUCCAGGCCUAGGCUUUACGAUCGGGCUGUCAGAUUCUGACGCAGAAGAUAAGAGUAUUUAUGUGACGAGUGUCGCAGGAGGGGGGGCAGCUUCCUCAGCCCUCAAAGUUGGGGACAAGUUGCUGCAGGUGGAUGGGGUUGACCUGCGACUAGCGGACUUACACACAGCAACUUCUAUCCUCAACAAGACCUCCAACACAGUUAACCUGAUGGUGUCCCGACUCCAGUGAUCUUCGUUGUUGUCAGAAUGUAACAGAGUUUGAAUAACCAGCAACUUGUAGCAGUUGAGAGAGAUGUUGUCUUUUAAGGAUAGUUGGCUUUAUAGUGAACUUACUGUACAUUUUGACAGUGUUUGUGAUUGUCAAAUAAAGAGCUGAUGCUGUAGCAUUCCUCUCUCCUUUUUAUUUCUUUCUAAUAUCUUCUUUUUGUUUGUGUUUACUUCCUGCUACCAACCACACAAAAUCCUUCAUAAGUUAUUUUGGUUGGUGAAAAUCCACAAGGGAAUGUAUGUUUGCAAAAACUGCAUAGGGACAUUCUUUUGAAUUUAUUAAAUACAUUGACACAAAAGAAGAGAAUUAGAGGUGUUACUGGCUGCAUUUAUGAUGGUGCACCUCAAGAUAUACAUUGCAUAGAUGUCUCAUCCAUUUAAUGAGGUAUUUGCUUUGAUGGAACAGGCCAUUGGUAACAGGAAACAGGUUUUAAGAGAAAAUUUAUAGAGUACUGAUUAAUUCAAAGAUAAAUAUUCAAGUGCCUUUAAGUCACAAUUUAAACAGUACAAAAUAAAGUUGUGCAAAUAAUAUAUAUUAAAUCCUCAGAUGAAGUUUUGUAGUUCCAAAUGCAGUAUGAAGUUCAGGUUAUCAGAAAAGGAAACUGUAAUUUAUACAAGGCCUUUAUACCUGUGUUAAUUUUCCUUCUGUAAAUCUAAAUAUUUAUUGAUGUAAAUGACAAGCAACCCUAAGUGAAGCUAUAGCACCUUUUAUUGUCAAUGUGCUUAUAUGCAUUUGAUGUAAUGUAUAGUAUACACUUUGAUGUAGUCAUCAAGCAGAUACUAUGAGAUCUUUUCCCAGAAAUUAUUAUUUUUAAAUUUAAAGAUCUAAGUAAAACUUCAGAGAGUUUCCUUCAGUAGAGUGUAAAAAAUGAGUAAUGUUUCAUAUGCAAAAUUACUGUUUACCCUCUUUUUUGCUGACUGCAAGGUUCUAUUUGCAAUAUUAGUGUGCUUCUGAGAAGCUAUCUUUCAUUCUUGCCUAUUCAUGAUGAUACACCAUAGCUAUAACAUACUGAUAACUGUUUGGUGUCUGCCAUGCACUCUUUCUGUAUGUUGAAGGAAGUUUAACAUAACAUUAUGGUAAUGAUAAGUACAUUAGUUAUGUGCUGCCUUUCAUUAUAUUCACAUCGUAAAACUGUGAAAAUUUGCUUCAGAAGUCUAGCUCCGCUUUUGUGCCCUUGCUUAAUAACACGUUUAAUAUACAAAAAAUACUUAUUUAUUAUGGUAGAGAGUUGGAAUAAUGGUGCCUUUUAUGAGUGAAUAAGUGCAAAAUACUAAAGAUUUACAGUGUAUUACUUUGUAGUAUAUGGUAAUUUGUGCUAAAGAUGAAAAAUCUGCAGUAAAUUACUGUGAAACCAUGAAUACAGUCACUUCAAUGUCUAAAACUUGAUAUUAGCCAUUCCGUAUAGUUAGCUUUAUAUUUUAUCUUGUGUGGUUUUAAACAAAACUUAUUUAUAGAAGUUAUUUUGAUCUUGCAUCAGACACAGUUCUUUGAAAAUUAUUGUCUUGUUAUCAUAUUACUACCAACAGUCCUGCUAUAUAUUAAUUUUAUGGAAAUGUUAUUGUAUGAAAUACUCUGAUGAUAUUAGCAUUAAUAAUGCUUGAAGAUGUUUUUUUUAUGAGGAUAAUUUUUGCCCUUUCAUAUUUCCUCUCUUGUUCACUCAUUUCUGCCUAUGAGAAUAAUGAUGUAUUGUGUGUUAUUAAGUUAUUUACUUGGUGCAGGAAUUUUUGUGCUUUUGUUGAAAAAAGGUCUAUUGUAAUAUAAAUAUAAAGUUUGUGUAUUCUGAAUAACUACUAAGUUAUUGCACAAUUACAUGAAGUACUUGCUGGAUGAAGAAUCUAUUGUGUACUUAAUUAUUUUCCAUGAAAAUAAAUUAUAAAAUAUCUCCAUAAGCUUAUUUUGCAUAGAUUUUCUUAAAUUUGGUUUUAGGAUUUGAAACUUACAAGAUUUGUGAAUGGAAUUGGUAGUUAUCACACAUAGCUUUAUGUAUGUUAAUGCCAAGCCGUAUGCCUUUAAAAUAGGCAGGUGCAUGCUUUAUUUCCAAUUGACUGCCUUCGUGUGGAAGGGAUGCAUGAUUAUACUACUUCAUUUUUUGUACAAUGCUUUUUAAUUCCAGAUAAAAGCUUUAGUCACUAAGUUUAAGUGCAAGAAAGUGUGGUGCUCAAGUGCUGGUGGAUUCAAGAAUGUCUAAUAAAGAUAGAGGUUGUACGAUCCCUACAGACGAACCUUGUAGUUCACUUUAAGGUUCAAGAAUUUCUCGUGCUGUAAACUAUACAUGAUAUAUUUUGUCCAUAUGAAAGUCGGUGUAGAUGCAUAUGAUGCUUUAUGACAUUUUGUAUUAUCUAUAUAACUUGUGUAGCUGGCCAGGCACCCCUUGUAAUAUAGAUAAGUUGUGAUUAUCAGCUUCCAGUGAGCUCCACAACUGGUUAGAAUUAGCUUUUAUUUUAGUACAUUCCUAAUAAAUAUAUAUUGUCCAGUGAUUAUGACCUCAUUACUUAAAAAGGUUGCAGAUGUAUAUUUUAAUUCUAGCUAAACGAAAGUAGUUCUUAUUUAAUUUUAUUUUUGUUUAUGGAAGUCAAGUAUAUAGGCCAUGUCUUUUGCAAGUACCUUGUUGGUGUAUGAUUUUUGGGUACUCAAAGGGACCAGGAAUAGAGAAUAUACUGUAGUCCUGUGGCAGCUGUCAGAAUUGGUGAUAUAUUUUAUAAUAGAAAACCAGUAAAAAUGCUAUAUGCCUUGCACAAUCAAAGCUUGCAAAGUGAAAAUAAUUUUAUAGAAAAAUAUUAAAUAUUAUAUGUCAUUGAGACAGAUACACCAACAAGAGUUAAGAGUUCUAGUGAAGAGUAGUUUUCCGAGAGAUUGAGAGAUUGAUGCAGGUACAAGAUGCCUUCACAAGAAGCCAAGUCAUAGGAGAGUUGAUUUCAUAUUUUUGUUUUUGUCAUACACAGUUUUGCAGUUUAAAUCACAAAAAGUACAUUACACAAUGUAUCACCUAUAAGUGGGUAUAUACCUAUCUAGUUUGUUUUACUCCGUAAUGAAAUGCCCAAUAUAAACAGUGAAGUGCUUUCCCCACAUACACAAGCAGCAUUGAAAUUUCCAUUGAACUGGUUGAAAUAGUAUAGAAUAUCCUGGAGAUAAAUCUUGCUGACUACAUGGAGAGCUGAGAUUUUAUAAGAAUACCUAGGUUUAGGACACACAACACAGGAUCAAUAAUGUAAAUAUAUUAAUUUACAAUUUGUACAUACAAUGUAUAGAUAUAUUCACUCAACCUUUUCCAUUAUCUUAUACCAGAUAUAAAAUUAAUUUUUGAUGAUAAAGAUAGAAUUCUGUUUUGUUUUCUAGACCAGAAAAUCUUGUCAGUAUUUAGGAUAAUAGAAUUCACAGUAUUCUGAUUUUCUUUUUAUAUCUUUCUUCUUUUCAUUUGCAAAUAUGGGAAAGGUGAAUAAGCUUAUACAGAGUAAUUAUAACUAUACACUGAUAGGUGCCAUAGCAUUCCAACAGUAUUUUGCAAUAUAGUUUGAAGCCAGUUUGAAUGGGAUAUUAUCUUGAGCUGCAUCUUCGUAUUAACCUCAGUAAUUAGUUGUCAUGAUGAAUUCCUGAACAAUGUAUAGUCCACAAUGACAUUCUAUUUCUCUAAUUUGAUAAAUAAAAAAAUUCUUGUUUA